CCUAACAAGCACAAGUCUGACCAAGAGGCCGACCAGCUGGUUCCUAUCACGCCGAUGAUAUAUGGGGCAACCAGGACAUCACGUCUGUCCCUCCCAUGUGUUUAACGGACGUCGGCCUUCGGCACAAGUACCACUUUUUUGGAAGUUCCAGGAAUGAGGCAGAUCUACUCUAUCAAAAUAACAUCGAUAAGAGGAGGUCUAAAGUGGCCGCUAGACGUGUUUGGUAUGGUCGUAGCACGCGAUGUCUUGGAAAUUGACCGCAAGCGUAAUAUUAUCUUUGCCCGUGCAAGGAGCAAUUGCCAGACCAUCACACAUGAGCAUCCUUAUUUAGAACUCACGGGUCCUACCCGUGCCGUUGUGACCUGCCUUGAUCCUGGGAACAUCGAGGUCAUGCUCAAAGUUAAGGGCGCCGAUGAAUCGGAGGAUAGAGACCUGAGUUUUCUAGUGUUAACGUUACAAAAUCAUCGGCAUCGUCGCUAUGAUAAAGAUUACACUAGCAAGCGUAGCACACUUGAGUUAACAUUCGGCCACAUUGAGAGCUCCGUGGAGGCCACGAUCAGCGUACGACUUGUUGGAGGCUCAUCAUGGCCAGAAGGUUUCCAAGGUGUUUUGACCGCCAGUAUUGCUAGUACAGAUGAUGCAGAAGUUGUGUUGCUCGUUUUGAUAACAAAUUGCCUGUUGUUGGUGAUGAUGGCAUGAUCAGGCUUUCACGGCGUGUUGUCUCUGUUGAAUACCCUAAAGGAGAGAUAAAAGUUUCUCUCGUCGCAUGGCAUCAAAAGGGCGAAGAUAUCUCUAGAAGAGAUGAUAUAGUUUUCACAUCAAAGUAUGCAGGUAGAAGUUGU